AAAAUCCAGACAAUCCAAAUAACAACCGACCCGGUACUGUGUAAUGGGUCGACCUUAUUUCCCCUAUAAAUAACAACAGCAGGGCUAGGGAUCCGAUCUUUUCGGUUCAAUCGUUCGAGAGAAAACGCUCAUACCCAGAUAUUGUGAGGGAUAUUUAUAAAACAUGACAACUGCAGCUCGACCCACAUGGGCACCUGCAAAAGGUGGUAAUGAACAAGGUGGUACUCGAAUUUUUGGCCCCUCGCAAAAGUACUCUUCAAGGGAUAUUGCAUCUCACACAACUCUGAAACCCAGAAAGGAGGGGCAAGACACCCAUGAUGAAUUGCAGAAGAGGAAUCUCCGUGAGGAGUUGGAGGACCGGGAGAGGAGGCAUUUCUCGUCAAAGGAUAAGUCCUAUAUUGAUGAUAGAGAUCGUAGAAAAGGAGGCCACCUUCUACUGGAAGGGUCAAGGAGGGAUGCUGAAGAUCGUCUCAUUCCACGCAAUGUAGAUGCUGACGAUGCCGAUGUGGAAGUUAAAAAUGAUGAUGAAAG